CAGCAGAACAACACGUUGAAGGCCGCAAAACAUGAUGAUUUGGCCGGAAGUGUGUACGUGGAGGCACACUGCAUCUACGUCACAACAUUUACGCUUUCUUAUUUUUCUUGCCUUUCUCUUCUUUUUGGCUUGUCAACAGGUUGAAAUAAGUUUUUGAUCUGGGUUCAAACGGCGUAGUUGCACUGAAAGUACUAGCACACAUGCUAUUUUUGGGUUACCCCACUUUUCCCCUAAAGUAAAGUCUCCUUCCCUCACCCAACAGAGAAGCGUUGCUGUUUUUUGCUUGUUUACAGGUCACGAUGAGUAGAGAUGUUUUCUCGGUUUGCAUCAGAAAUCAUUUCAGUUUGUGAUUAGCAACACGUCAGGGAGGUUCCUUCUGAUUUUCCCCAAAGUGUUUUGUACAAGAAACGGAUAUAUUUGUUGGACAUAGUUUUUCAAUUUUCCACUCAUUAUUGAGUCACAAGGUGAAACCAAACAGGAUCUAUGAAUUACUCAAUUGCAGGACUCUAAUAAGAAAUAGUGAUGGCAAUAAUCACUAGGUUCCGAGCCCGUCUUCACAAUUUACAAUAUGUGUCGAAACUAGAUUCACAACUGCAAGCUGAAAAGACUGCACAAACAGUAUGCCUGCUGUCAAUUGUUCUACUGUUGCCCUAUUUUGCAAGAUGUCAGGCCUCCAUAUUGGUUGGACUGAUCUAUACAUGUCUUGUUCUUCCAAUGGUGGUUUCGGCCAAUUACAAAUAUCCAGUUAGCGCUUUCAAGGGAUUCACCACUCAAGUAUCUGAGUGGAGCCAAUAUUAUUUGAAUCCCACGUUGAGUUUUCUUUAUUGGAUGUAUGGGCCACUCAACAGACUUGAACAGUCAUACAUUAGACUAUCAAACAUUUUCACCAUGUCUAAUCAGCUGGUAUUCUUCAUGCUUUGUGACAGACUACUUGUACCUGAUCAGAAGGUGACCUCUCUUUACUCGUUGAUGUUCUACAAUGUGAUCGCCUACUGCAUAUCUUACAUCAAGGAGCUAAUAGAGAAAGAAGACUGGUCACCCUAUGUGAACAUGACUGAUCAUUCCAAUAUCAAGCAUCUGGCUAUGUCAGCCACAAAAAUUGUGCUAGAAUGGACCAAAGCCGUCACAUUCAUCAUAACUGUGGUUUUCAUGCUUCUAGUUUUCGGCCUAGAACAGGGACUUGAUAACUAUCGUCCAACAGUUUUCUACACUAUUUUCACGUGGCUCUACUAUAUGGCUACCGAAAAGGUCCUGGUGGAGUUGAUCAUAGGAUUGUCGAAAUUCCUGCAGUUACCAGUUUUCGAGAGUCUAGAAUCUCUAUGGAUAACUGUCGGCCUCAAGGCGUUCACUAUUGUGGUAUCGAUGGUAUUGACUUUACCACUCUUCUUCAUGAACCUUUAUCGAUUAGCUUUCGCAUCCCUCUAUCUCAAUGUUCAUCUUAGAUACAAAGAGAUGACAUUGAACUGUCUGAGGGAGUUGAACAUGGAAAGAGCUGUCCUGGGUCAAUACCGUUACGCGACAGCUGAGGAAUUGGCCGAAUUCGAUGACAUUUGUGCCGUCUGCUUGAGUUCGAUGCAAGUGGCUAGGAUCACUCCCUGUCAUCACAUAUUCCAUGGUGAAUGCCUCAGGCAGUGUCUGAAAACCUCCAAUAAGUGUCCCAUCUGUAAACGUGAAUUCAAAUUCGAUUAGUUCAUAGAUUGAGUGCCAAUCAGUCAUGAAAAACGUACAGAUAAAGUGACUCGUACUUCAAUUGGAAAUGCUGUUCGUUACCAGCGAUUUUGGACCUUCAAAACUUCUGACUCAAACUAUAGUCUAUUGUCAUGAAAGCUGAAAACUAACUUUUAUAUAGUGGUUUAAGAUCGGGAUUUUGUUGACAGCAAGUCAUUUAUUACAUUGGUGCCAAAGACUAUAAAAUGUCCUGUGCUUAAAUAUCGUGGGCUGCGUUUUUUAUUCAUGUGCUUCAUUAUUGGUAUACAAUGUGAAUUGAAUGACGUUUCAUGGUCUCAAUGUUUCGUUUCAAUGGGGUCGAAUAAUCCUGCAGUCUUUUACCGAUGCAAUCGAUUAGUACAGUGGCAAGAGCAACGCCCCCUUCAGAAUUGGUUGCACAAGUUGUGUCAGCAUAAAAUGUACCAGCCAAGAAAUUCAGGAAGGAUGUGGAACCUUCCAAACCUCAGGAGAGAAAACGGAGUAAUAAGUGUUCAAUGAGGCAUCCAAUCCGACAAUUAGGACAUGCAGCCAAAUGGUCUCUCCACCCUUUCAAGACGAAUACUGCUGUCUUGCCUAUUCCUGGAAUUCCUGAGUCAUGGAAUCGGUUCUCUGUCAUCUCUAAUAAUGAUUCUACUCAGAUGGAGGAUGUGUCCAUCAGUGAAGAAGAUGUUGAAAUCUCCUACACUGAAGGGUCUUCAUCUAUUCUUUGUGGGUUAUCAUUUGAGGAGACAGAGCAGGACAUCUGGGAAGAGACAAGACAUCAAAAUUAUAAUUUUCUUGCAAGGAGGGAGAUUCCAGUUGCUGAGAAUGAGAAGCGUUGGAUUGAACAAAAAAGGAGAAGAGUAAAAGAGCAAGAAUGUGAAUUUCAAAAGGCUGGUAUUUCAAGCAAUGUGCUGACACCACAAGGUGCAGGAAGUGUAGCUCAGUGUGUUCAGAGUGGGAGCAUUUCACAAAAUGAUGACAGCGUUUAGUAUAAGGAGCCGUGGUGUGCAAUGUGUGCAUUUCUGCUUCAGCUUGCACUUAUAAGCACCAUCAUCCUAAUGAGAACUCCCCCUCAUCUACACAACAGAUUGAUAAUCUGAUUGUUGAGGGGGAGUGACGUGAUGAAACAAAAAUUUGUCUUCAAAGAAGUGAAUUUUAUAUAUUAAAAAUUUAAUAGGUUACAUGACGGUAAUCUACAAUGUAUUGUGUUUAAGCAGAAUCUCUACUUAUAACUUUGAAGCAUUAGUUAUCGUACAUAAUUAUAUUUAUUAUUGAUAUAGUGUUAUUGAUUAUUGAUUAGGCUAUGUCUCAUUGAUUUUGUUGUUCAUGAACUAAAACUCUAUCAGUAUCGAUUAUUUUUUAUAUUAUUGCCAAUGAAACUUAUUUUGUGAGGAUACUUAUUCUUCCCCAUCCAUAAUGGUUUGGUUUCAUCAAGUUUUUUAUAUCAAAGACUUAAUAGCUUACAUAUUUCAUAAUUGAUUCAAGUGCAACAAUUUGUUUUUAUCCUGUAUAGAAAUAGGUUUUUCAUGUCAUUGUUAUAUUUUUGUAAAAUAAAGUAGUUGAAACAUU